AGCAGUGUACCGAGUAGGUCAUACCACAGAGGAGAGAGGUAGUUCGCGUUUAGCAAACGGCUCGUCCGUUCGGUUAGACGAAACGUAUAAUAUACCACGUUUGAUCGAUUCGUUCUACGCUUAUUCCAUUCGCAUAUUCUCUCGAGCAAAAACACCUUGCCUCCGACUGUCCGUCACUGUUCUCUGUCGAUCCUGUUGUGUAAACCCGUGGUAGCCGUCGUCGAUCGUCGUCGUCGUCGUCGUCGUCCACGGCGUCCUCGGCGUCCUCGGCGUCCCCGUCGUCCUUGUCCUUGUUCCCCGGAGCGACGUGAUCGUGGAUCGGGACAAGUGGAUCGAGAACGUUGAAGAGCGAUGGCUGUACAUCUUCGCCGUGUCUACGAGGAAUCAGUCGUUGAUUAAGACCGAUCGUUCACCGGUUUCCAACGAACCCAAGUUCUCGGCACGCUCACGGUCGAUUUCGCGUUCGGAUAGAUAUGCUGUGUCCUCGAGAUAAGUAGCCGCGCGGUAUCCGUCGAGUCCUCGUCUUUGCUAAGACAUUUCCUGUUUCCUGUCUCUCUCUCUCUCUUUUUCUCUACCUCUCAGCCCCGUUCCCCGCUUUUUUCACCCGGUUGCCGGAUUCGUCGAAACGAACGGAAAAAGAAAGAUUAAAGUGCACUUACUUACUACGCAACCUCGCAUUCGAUCAGCCGAUCUGACGACGGAUCAGACGUCCCUUUGACCGAACCCCGAAGAAACCAAGGUAACCGAGUGAGCACGAGCUUAUGGGGAAAGUUUGAGGAAACGAUCGACGUUAUGAAUUUAUUAAAAGACGACAACGGCCGUUAAGGAAACGGCGAGAAGUGAGAGAGGAUCGAACUUAUAGAGUGGAAAAAGUAAGAGGGAGAAAUCGAGUGGAGUCGAGCAAUUCCAAUUAUGGUUAAUUAAAAACGUUAUCGAACUCGAUUGAAAUUAUUGCUCGAUAAUUGUACUUGUUUUAGCUCGACGAUUUCACGUUUAAUCGUUUUUAACUCGAUCACCAAAUGGUCGUUUAUUCCAUCGAUCAUUACUGAUAUUUGAAUUUACACAGAAUCGAUCAGAGUCAUUUUUAUAUCGGUUUAUCGAUCGAUCCUUUUUCGUAAUUAGGCUUCUUUUUUUUUUUUUCGAUCGACGUCCCGUAGGACACGUUGCUCGAUCCCAUCUCCCAGUGAAUCGUGAAAUCGAUUGUACGUUCUCCCACUUUCUUUUUCUCACAAUAAGAGGAGUACUCAAAUUAAGAAGAACAGUACUCGAAAUUAAGGAACGGUGGAGGACAUCUAACAACGAACACCGGCCUGGUAGCUUAAUAAACGAAGAACGAGGCUUCAGCAAAGGCACGACGGCGCCGCGUAGACGGAUAUCAGGUAAUAGAGAAAUGUAAGAAGAAAAUAGAAGAGAAGAAGAAAAUUGAUUCGACUGGAUCGCGAUACAGAUUAACCCUUCGUAAGCGAGGGAACUCGGGAGAUAAAAAAAAAGGGAUCGCGAUCUACGCGACGGGCGAACGCGAGGUCGAUAGACAGGAGGAGAUCGUCGCCGAGGAACCGAGGCACGAUCGAAUCAUGCGAUACGACUCGAUGAGAGACGCGUUCGAGGCUCGCCGAAUCGAAGCAGGAAAGGGGGGAAGAGCGCAUAAUUGUACGAUCAUCCGAGAGGACUUGUAACGAUCUUUCAUCUAGCUCUCUUUUGAAGAACCAAAGAACGAGCGGCGGCGGCGGCGGCGGCGGCUGCAGCAGCAAGCAACAACCUACGGAAGCGUCGCCGAUCGAUCGGACCUAUCGAGCGUGUCCGAUUUGAUUCACGGCGAUCGACGCAAGUCUCACGGGCGCCUCGAUAAUACCCAACCGUGAGAGGAUAAAGAAAGAGAGCGCGCAUCAACGGAUAACUUCUAAUUCCAUUCUCGGUUUUCUGGUUCGCGUUAACACAGGGGAAAGUACACACGAUCGAAUAUGGAAAUCUCAGCCUCUGCAAUGUUGGAUGGCCUGAAAAAUAAUCGAAUCAGCAAGUUGGCACUGUCGCGGUUCUUGUCGCAGAGUCUAGCACAAUUGGAGACGACCGGUAGUCCGGGGAAUAAACCUGCGACGUCAGCGAGUGGGGGCGGCGCGGUUGGAACCGGUGCUGGCGCGAGCGGAACAGCGACCAGUGGAGCAUCUGCGGGUGGCAGUGGAUCGGCUUCCGGCGUCGGCGGCGUAUCCGGUAUCGGAAAUGCGAACGCGGGCACGAGUGGAGCCGGGGCGAACGCGGUUUCUGGCGGCGGCGCUGCUGGGAGCGCGGCCGGAGCGGUCGAGCCCCGGACGCCGACUGCCGGGGCGCAAAACAAGCAACUGCAAAACGUCAAAGGAGAUCAUCCAUCAAAAGCGUUUCUUCAAAACAGAUCGAUGUCCCUAGUGGACAUGUAUAUCGACAACUCGGAGCCCAGCGAGAACGUUGGACAAAUACACUUUAGCCUCGAAUAUGACUUUCAAAACACUACGCUUAUCCUACGUAUUAUACAGGGUAAAGAUUUACCAGCGAAGGAUCUGUCGGGGACGUCUGAUCCUUACGUUCGCGUAACCCUCCUGCCGGAUAAAAAGCACCGGCUCGAGACGAAAAUCAAGAGGCGCACGCUGAACCCUCGAUGGAACGAGACAUUUUAUUUCGAAGGUUUCCCGAUCCAAAAGUUACAAAGCAGGGUGCUACACUUACACGUGUUCGAUUACGAUCGAUUCUCGAGGGACGAUUCAAUCGGGGAGAUGUUUCUUCCGCUUUGUCAGGUCGACUUCUCUGAGAAGCCCUCGUUUUGGAAGGCUUUAAAACCGCCGGCAAAGGACAAGUGCGGGGAACUGCUGUGUUCUUUGUCAUACCACCCGAGCAACUCCGUGUUGACCCUCACGCUUUUGAAGGCGAGGAACCUCAAAGCGAAAGACAUAAACGGGAAAUCAGAUCCGUACGUGAAGGUCUGGUUACAAUUCGGCGAUAAGAGGAUCGAGAAACGGAAGACCCCUAUAUUUAAGUGCACCCUGAACCCGGUGUUCAACGAGGCUUUCUCGUUCAACGUACCCUGGGAAAAAAUCCGAGAGUGCUCAUUGGACGUUAUGGUGAUGGACUUCGACAACAUUGGUCGAAACGAGCUGAUCGGACGGAUUCAGCUUGCAGGGAAGAACGGGAGCGGGGCGAGCGAAACGAAACACUGGCAAGACAUGAUCACGAAGCCGCGGCAAACGAUCGUACAGUGGCAUCGACUAAAACCAGAGUAAAGUCAGGAUUCGUGUUUACGUAUCCGACGUUACCCCGUGCAUCGCGAGAGAACAUCGGGAAUCGGAGCAUCACCGAACCGGAGCGAAAUGCGUACGACACUUUUGACGUCUAUCCUGAAGCCCGAUAUCUUCGACUUUGGUAUCCGUCUUCUUCCUUUUCUUCCCGAUCUAUUCUCCUUUCCUCCUCGGCCCUUCCAUUCGUUCGAGCUACCCGCGAACGCCGUUGCGAUCGCCACGCGAUUUCGACCCCCGUAGCCAAAAACCGCGUCGAAAUCGUUCAGCAAAAUGGCGCGUCCGCGCGAGGCUCAGGUUUCACCUUCCCACGGGUAAGCUCGACGCUCCUAUUGCCUCGAUUCGUCAUAUUUUUCUUUCUCGUCGUUCUUCCAUUUCUUCGACCAUCCAUUUUCACUACUAUUCGAGUACGGAAGAAAACGAGGAAAGAUCGAGCGUGGAUAACCGAACGGGGCUCCUCGUCGGGUCUCCCUUUCGGUACCACGCGAAGCGACGUUCUCUUGGAUAUCGUUACAUACACAGUUCUUUCCCUUUCUUUCUCUUCGCGUACAGUACAACAACGACUCACCACGAAUUAUUAUGUAUAUACAUGCAUACAUACAUAAUUACGUACGAAUCCCUCGGCGGCAGCGCUCGUGGGAAAUUACCACGCGACCUCGCGUGACUCCGUGAUACGUACACUGUGUUUGCAUACUAAAAAAA